CAUGAAUUUGGCUGGCAGGCAAGAAGGCAAGCUAGGGCGCACUGCGGAAAGAAGGGCCUCAUCUCUUGUUUUGAGGUCACUUGGGUUUGCUGUGGUAAAGUAGGGCUUUCCUUUGGCACUUAGCGCGCUGUCAUCUGCAACCUCGUCUUCAGGUUGAAUGUUUACGUGAAUUGUAGUGAUCCGCUCAUUUGUAGUUGGCGAGUUCGUCAUAGGGUAUAAGAAACCCUGCUUUUGUUCAAGCAGUUCAUUCCCCUGGUGCCACCAGCCGAAGCUGUGUGUGGCGCGGUGGGAGCCUGAUGACUGAUGUGGAAGACAGCCGCAGCAAACGCAAGCGGGAGGAGGCGGAUGUAGACGACCCUCCUAGAAAGUCAAGGAAGUCGGAAGAGUACGAGCAUCGGCACCGGAAGGCCGAUGAGCGCAGCAGCCGGAGAGACAGGGACGACCGGGAUGGGCGGCGGGACAGCAAUUAUGAUAAGAAGGACAGAGACCGUUAUUACGACGAAAAGGACAAGGAUCGGUAUCAUGACGAACGGGCGGGCGGGGGUAGCGAUCGGCGCCGGGACGAGGAGCGGCCGAGGCAUCGAGCGAAGGAGGAGAGGGAGGACCGAGGGAGGCGGGGUGACAGCAGGGAACGAAGACCGGUCAAAGAGGAGCCGGCGGAUGGGGGUCCGGUUGGUGCUGUGGACGUCUUGAAGCAGGAAGCGGCUGACGGUGCGGCUGUGAAAGCGGAGGAGGAUGUGAAGCCGAACGUGGCGGCACAGGAGAAUGGGGGAACGGAGCGGCGGAAGCGGAGGCGGUGGGACAGCGACGAGAAGGCGCCUGGGACGGGGGCGGUGGCAAAUGGGAGUGGAUUGGUCGGCGCAGCUGCACCAGCAGCUCCUGUGGCGGUUGUUCCACUGAACCUGGAUGCUUUAGCCAAGGCGAAGGCGGCGCUGCAGAAACAGAAGGAGCUGGCAGAGCGCCUCAAACGACUGCCACAGUUGAACAGAGUCGCCACUCCACCAGUCCCUGGCGUCCCCCUCCCCCCCGUCAUCCCCGCCGUCCAGCCAACCAUUCCCGACCCCAACGCCGCUCUCCUGGCGGCACAACAGCGAGCCGCUAUGCUGGGGUUGGCGAUUCCGGGAUCCUUGUCCGCGGCCGCGGCGGCGGGGGCUCUUGCAGGGGCGGCACUGAAAGCUGCGCAGCCGAGCAAGGCGCCGGUGCUGAGGCUGGAUCACCUGGGGCGGGAGAUUGACGAGGAGGGGAAUGUGGUCGAACAGAAGAAGCUGCCGCCCAGUGAACUGAAGGUGAACAUCAACAAGGCGAAGAAGGACAAGUUCAAGAUCUUGCGUCCCGACCUGGACGCAGUCCCCGAGGACGACCCCUUCUUCGACCCCGCUCUCAACGUCGACCGUAAGAAGAUUCUGCGCCCGCGCCGCGCGGCCUUCCAGUUCGUGGAGGAGGGCAAGUGGAGCCAGCAGGCAGAGGCGCAGCGACUGCGGGCCCAGUUCGGGGAGCAGAAGGCCAAGGAGAUGAAGGCGCGGCAGGCGCUGAUGGAGAAGGAGCGCGAGCAGGCCGCGGUGAACCCCAAUCUGAUCGAGGUCACGGCGCGCGCCCCGGUGCCGGAGAAGCAGGAGAAGCCAAAGGACCCCAUCCCCGACGUCGAGUGGUGGGACGCUCCCCUGCUGCUGACGCGGACGUACGCCGACGUGCGUAACCUCCCCGAGUCCGAGUUCCGGCUGCGCGAGGAGCGCAUCACGCACCUCGUAGAGCACCCCGUGCCCAUCGAACCGGAGACCGCGCUGCCACCGCCCCCGCCGCAACCGCUCAAGCUCACCAAAAAGGAGCAGAAGAAGCUGCGUCACCAGGCGCGCAUGGCGCGCGAGGCGGAGCGGCAGGAGCUGGUGCGGCAGGGCCUGCUGGAGCCACCCAAGAACAAGGUCAAGAUCUCCAACUUUAUGCGCGUCAUGGGGGCCGACGCCGUGCAAGACCCGACCGCGCUCGAGAAGCAAGUGCGCAACGAGCAACAGGAGCGCGAGGGCGCGCACGCGGACCGGAACCUCGCGCGCAAGCUGACGCCUGCGGAGCGGCGCGAGAAGAAGAACAAGAAGCUGUUCGAGGACAUGACGCUCGAGACGAUCGUGUCGCUGUACAGGGUGUCUGACCUGCGCCACCCCCAGCACCAGUACAAGGUGGACAUCAACGCGCAGGAGAACCGGCUGACGGGCGUCAUGCUCAUCAGCGACGCCAUGAGCGUGGUCCUGGUCGAAGGCGGCACCAAGUCCAACAAGCGCUACCAGAAGCUCAUGCUGCACCGAAUCAACUGGACGCAGGCGCUCGAGAAAGCGGGGGACGAUGACGAUGCCGACGAAGAACUAGCGCGGGACAAUAAGUGCGUGCUCGUGUGGCAGGGCAGCGUGCUCAAGCCCGCGUUUGAGCGGUUCAUGGUGCACAAGACGCGGACCGAGGCGGCCGCACGCAAGUUUCUUGAGGACGCGGGGGUGGGGCACUACUGGGACUUAGCGGCCAACUUUGUCGAGGAGUGACGGCACUGCAGUAGGAUUGCCGUGCUCGAUUGGAUCGUUGAUCUGACCAGGUCGCAGUUGUGGCGCUGUUAAAAAUUCCGAGCCAAGUCUGCUUCUAUCUUGGACUGCAAAGUGGCUCGUUGUUGAACGAACGGGAAAUUUUGCAGGCUGAUUGCUCAGCGUGCAAAUGCACGAGUCCAAGCUUCAGAAGUGGGUUCCUGCGCUCGUAGGUCGGCCAACUGGAUAUGAGAGUGCAAGCAUGCAUUGCACAAACAAUUGGCUUCAUGGAUAUCCGGAACCGCUUCGCUCUAGA